AUGUCACUGAAAGACAAUUCAGUCUUAGUUGUACAAUUACUGCAGAGUCUAUUACGCGAAUAUCGGCGACUGUGGGAACGAAGUGGAAGAUCAGUACAUCUAUGGUUAGUUUGGCGGGAAUUUGAGUAUAUAUCAAGAACUUUCGGCGUUGCACGCAAAUCAGGUUUUCCCUGUUUCUCUUCUUGCCGUUACAAUAUGAGAACUGUUAGAGUCGACCCACUUUCCAACUGUAUGUAUGUGAUCGAAUAUCCACCACAAUUUAAAGGAUAUAUCACCCAAUCCGAUUAUCACGCUUUCAUUGAAAGAAUAAAUGAACCAUAUAAAGUGUACCGGACAAAGGCUAUUCUGGUCUCUUGCAUCUUCUUCUUGUUCAUUCUAUUCGAUUUCUUGGGGAUAUGUCUUGUGAGCUACUUUGCUCUAGCAGUAGACCCAAGGUUUUCAAUUGCUACAUUCAUCGUAGUCCUAGUCUUACUCCCGGUUGCUUUGGCAUCGAUGGGCUAUUUUCAGAAGGCGUUACUUGAAGCGAUGGAACGGGAGAGGUCACGUAUCAGUAGCAACUUUACCUUUACUGACAAGUCAAGCGAAGUUAAAUGGUAUUAUACUCCAGGAAUUUUUUCCUUCUCCGGUUAUAGACAGCCUAAUAUUGUAAUCGAAUUACCCGACAAACACGAACCCUUCGACGUCGUAUAA